UGUUGCUGUCUCUAGAGAAGUGAUUAAAGGCUGAUGAAGAAUUGUGUUCUGAGUUUAGCUCUAAGUGAAAAUGUACAUAACCAAAAGAAUACUUUUGUUGUUCUUUAUUUGUGCUCUUGAGGCUGGAGCAAUUUAUGAUACUUCUACAACGUCCGUGAAGAAUCGCAGGCAUUCGAAUGAUGAUUCUGAUAAUCCUGCCAAUUGGGCUGAUGAUAGUGGUAUCUGGUCAACUAUCUUGGAAGAAUGGGCUUUGAGACCUUCGGGAGUAAGGGAUUCGCGGGUCUUAAAUCCAUUAUCUGCAGCGCAAGUAUACGUCACCAACCGCAUAGGCCAGGAAGACCCAGUCAGUACUGCAAGCCAAAAUCAGUUUUUAAACAGUCGUCCUGGUGGAAAUAAAGUCAUCAAUAAUGGAAUUGUACAAAAUGGAGGCUUUGUACCGAAUAAUGGUUAUCAACUCGCACCUAACGCCGGGUAUCAAUUUACGUCUAAUGGUUACCAGCCAAAUGGCAACUAUGUUCCACCUCAAAGAGAAAUUACGGAAACUGAUGUAUAUCUGCUGAGCGCAAUGGAAAAACUAGUUUAUCGCUUGGAUUUCAUGGAAAAGCGAAUGAGGAGGAUGGAGCAAAUGUUAUAUUAUCUGAUGAACGGAGACAAAAAAGAAUCAGAUCCUUGUCCAAAAAAUUUUACCAGAGCCGGAUCCAAUUGCUAUCAUUUUGGUGUUGAAAAUUCGUUAAAUUGGAAAUCAGCAAGUGCCGUUUGCCGAAAGUUAGACUCCGUACUUGUCGAAAUGGAAAAUAAAAAAGAAAAUGAAAAUCUUGUUGCUCACAUACAAACUGAUAUAAAUCUCAAAGAAAAAGAUUUCUGGACGGGCGGUCUCAAUCCAGGCCUUCUAUGGAUCUGGGCUAAUUCCGCCAAGCCAGUUGCAACCGAAAAUUCGGCAGCAAAUGCUACGAACAACGCCUUGGACAUCAAAGGCAGCGGUCGAUGUUUGAAGCUCUCAUACAAACCUCCCUUAAGAACAUAUCAUUAUUUUGGAGACGAUUGUUCAUCAAGACAACAUUACAUAUGCGAAAAACAGGACAACACAGUGUCAAAUGAAAUAUCAAGAAUGGCUAAAGCACUUUUCCAUGAAAAUUAAAUUUUAGUGGAAGCGGUCAUUAGAAUUCAGUCAAACUUUGCGUAAGUCCUACUUUAUAAGGUUUAAUUGUGCUAGGGUAAUUAAUAUUUAUAAUAAUAAUUAGUAUUUAUUAACUGU